CUGUGAGCACGGUGCGGGGCACGGCAGGGCCGUGCGGUGCGGGGCCGGGCAGGGUGAGCGGCGUGGAGCUGAGCUGAGCUGUGCGGGGCGACGCAGAGAGAUGCGGGGCACGGCAGGACUGUGCGGUGCGGGGCCGAGCAGGGUGAGCGGUGUGGAGCUGAGCGGUGCGGGGCAACGCAGAGAGAUGCGGGACAGCACAGCGGGGCUGUGAGCACGGUGCGGGGCACGGCAGGGCCGUGCGGUGCGGGGCCGGGCAGCGUGGAGCUGAGCUGAGCGGUGCGGGGCGGGACGCGGGUUCUGCCCCGAGGACCCUGCAGACACCACCACCGUUCCCAUGCCCGGGCUCCGCUCGGCUCCGCUCCAUCGCGGAGACCCCCGGCCGGUGCCGCCCCGCGGCGGGGGCGGGCGGGGCCGCCCGUCCGGUUCCGGGUCGGCGGAAGAUGGCGGCGCCCAUGGAGCUGUUCUGCUGGGCCGGGGGCUGGGGGCUGCCCUCGGUGGACCCCGACUGCCUGGCUGUGCUGGGCACCUGCCCGCGCUGAGGACUCGGGACGAGGGCAUCAUCUCCAAACCUCAGCAGAUCAUCACACACCUCAGGAAACAGAAAUACAACGCUGACUACGACCUGUCGGCCACGCAGAGCGCGGACACGCUGGCCUUCGUGUCCCUGCUGGAGGAGAAGCUGCUGCCAGUACUGAUCCACACCUUCUGGGUGGACGCCAAGAACUACGUGGAGCACACGCGGAAGUGGUACGCGGAAACCAUCCCCUUCCCCCUCAACUUCUUCCUGCCCAACGCCAUGCACAAGCGGCACCUGGAGCGGCUGCAGCUCAUCUGGGGGGAUGACUACAUGGAGGAUGAGGAGAAGCUGGAGAAGGAGCUCUACCGGGAAGCUCGGGAAUGCCUGACACUCCUCUCCCAGCGCCUCGGCUCCCAGAAGUUUUUCUUUGGAGACUCGCCGGCCUCCCUCGACGCCUUAGUCUUCAGCCGCCUGGCGCCGCUCCUGAAGGCCAAGCUGCCCAACGGGAAACUGCAGCAGCACCUGAAGUCCCUGCAGAACCUGUGCAACUACUGCACCUCUAUCCUCAGCCUUUACUUCCCCUGGGACGGAGGUGAUGCCCUGAGCGGUGCCCCUCGGGCUGCAGGCACAGAUGGCAGUGAGGCAGAGGAGGACCCCCACAAACGGCGCAAGCAGCUGCUGUCAGUGCUGGUGGGGCUGGUGGCCAUGCUGGGCUACGCCUUCCUCAGCGGCAUCGUCUCCAUCCAGCGUGGCAGCGUGGGGCCGGCCGGCCGGCAGCCCGUCGCCCUGGAGGAGGAGGAAGAGGAGGAGGAGGAGUGAGGAAGAGCUGUGUGACUGUUCCUUCACAGCCCCUGGAACUGACUGUUUUUACUCUGGGAGCGUGGCAGCAGCACUGCUCCGCUCUGUGUCCCACCAGGAACCACGGCCUGCUCCGUGGGAGCGUCCCUGCCACACCAAUAAACCUCCCUCUCUCUGCC